UCCUCCCGCCGCCGCCACCGCCGGGGUGUGGGGGUGGGUCCCACCACCCCCACCACACCGAGACCCCCUCCCCAAAUCGCCGAGGUGUUCGUGACGUCCCGCUCGGAUUUCCGGGCUCAGCUGCGGCGCUGCCAAAAACUCCUCGUGCUCCUCCUGGAACCCUCGGGGAUCCCCACGGGGGUCGGGGGUCCCGGGGGCUCCCCCAGAGCCCCCCCCGGGGAGCUGCGGCUGCACGGGCUGGGCUUGGCCGUGCCCCGAACCAUCAACCUGGCCCUGCAGCUGCAGGCGGGGGCCGGGGGGGCUCUCAGGAUCCACGCCAGCACCUCCUCCGUGCCCCUCAGAAAGCCCCCGAGGGACCCUGCAGAGAAACCCCCGAGAAAGGGGGAGGAGGGGGAGGGGAGAGGAGGGGGAGAUGAUGGGGACCCCAGGCACAACUCGGCCAUUCACAUCCGGCUCUGCAGGAGGCCCCCUGCGCAGCCCUUCCGGCCCCGCGGCCCCUCGGAUCAAACAUUAACCGGGACCGAGGCCGGGGACGUGACAGGCACAGCCACAGCCCAGGGCCACCAGGAAGCCCCGUGUCACCAGAGAACCCCGUGGCUACCAGGGAACCCCCCGUAG